AUGGUGACAGUUGAUGGUGGAAGAACAUUUGUGGCAGAUGCGGUGAUUGUAAAAGUUCCUAUAGCAGUAUUAAAGGCAAACUUAAUUGAAUUUGAGCCAAAGUUACCAGAUUGGAAGGUUUCUGCUAUAUUAGAUCUUGGAAUGGGCAAUAAAAAUAAGAUCGCCUUACAUUUUGAUCAUGUGUUUUGGCCAAAUGUUGAGUUAUUGGGUAUAGUUGCCCCGACAUCGUAUUCUUGUCAGUAUUUUCUUAAUCUACACAAAGCAACUGGCAACCCUGUUCUUGUUUAUAUGGCUGCUGGGAGAUUCGCUUAUGAUCUUGAGAAGCUUUCAAAGGAAGAUGCUACCAAGUUUCCGAUGGUGCAGCUUAAGAAAAUGUUUCCAGAAGCAACCGAGCCUGUUCAAUAUUUGGUAUCGCAUUGGGGAACGAACCCAAACACCUCUGGAGUGCAUCUCCUACCAAAAGUAUGCAAUCCAAGAUAA